GGGUUUCCUGUGGCCAGAAAGAGCAGCAGAAGAUGCCAUUCAACAUACUGAAAGGACUCUCUACCAUUACACGUGGAUUAUAAAACAUUCACCGGGCAAUUAAGCGUUUUCCCAGUUUAAUUUUUGUUCCUCUCCAGUCUCUUGUAUUUAGAAUUGAAUAGAAUUAUUUCGUUAUUUGGGAAGCACAUUAGGUAUAACGUUACAUUUUAUUCGUAUUUCUCUUAGAUUUGACAUCAGGAAUGAGUAUAGAAAUUCCUGAAGGAUUGACGGAGCUGUUGCAGAGGUUUACCGUGGAAGUGUUGCGGAAUCAGCCGGGAGAUUUGCUCGAGUUCGCGUUGCAGUAUUUCACCCAACUGAAGGACAGUGAGACCACCGGGACCGCUUUCGGAAAUGACCAGAAUUCGGCCACGCGACCCAGUGGGAAAGCGGUCAAUUUCAUCGACGAAGCCAUGCAGAUCGAUUCAGAAAAUGGAGAGGAAGAGGAGAGUGACGACGAGGAAUUUAUUGCUCCAGUGAUGAGUCGAUUCAUUAGAAGAGCAUCAGUUUGUGCUGAGGCGUUCAACCCUGAUGAAGAUGAGGAAGACAAAGAACAGAGGGUCACCCAUCCUAAAACAGACGAACAGAGGCAGAGACUACAGGAGGCUUGCAGAGACAUCCUGCUGUUCAAAAACCUGGACCCGGAACAGUUUUCCCAAGUACUGGACGCCAUGUUUGAGAAGUUCCUUGAGGUAGGAGAACACAUCAUAGAUGAAGAUGACGAUGGCGACAACUUCUACGUCAUUGAAAGAGGGACCUUUGACAUCUAUAUGAGGGUUGAUGGUGUAGAGAAGACUGUGGGGGCCUAUGAUAACAGGGGGAGCUUUGGGGAGCUGGCCCUGAUGUACAACACCCCCAGGGCUGCUACCAUCAUCUCCACCUCGCCCGGAGCCCUCUGGUGCCUGGAUCGUCUGACAUUCAGGAGGAUCAUAGUGAAGAACAACGCGUUGAAGAGGAGACUGUACGAGGAGUUCAUUGAAUCACUUCCACUGUUAACAUCAUUAGAGCUUUCAGAGAGAAUGAAGGUGGUGGAUGUGUUGUCUUCUAGAGCCUUCUGCGAUGGAGAACAGAUUAUCUCUCAGGGGGACCUAGCAGAUUGUUUUUAUAUAGUUGAAUCUGGUCAAGUUAGAAUCACCAUGAAGAGAACCAGGACGAAAAAGGACCAAGAGGAUGUGGAUAUAGCUACAUGCUCCAGGGGGCAGUACUUUGGAGAACUGGCCCUCGUCACCAACAAACCCAGAGCUGCUUCAGCUUAUGCUGUGGGAAGUGUCAAGUGUUUAGUUAUGGACGUGCAGGCGUUUGAGAGGUUGCUGGGCCCCUGCAUGGACAUCAUGAAGAGAAACAUUGCAAAUUACGAAGAGCAGCUGGUUACUCUGUUUGAAUGUAGCACCACUGACAUUGAGGAGAUAAACCCAUGAAAACCAGAAGGGGAAAAAGACAGUGAGAUGCACUAUGACGAUGACGAUGUGAUAAAUUGGUUGGUGGGAAGUGGAAAAAGUCUUGUCACUUUAUGUGUAACUUUUCUAUAUCUACCUUUGUAAAGUAUUGUUUUCUUUCCGAAAUAGGAAGCACAGUAUGUUAGACAGGUAAGAAGAAACAUACAGGAUCGAUUCCAGAUAACAUACAAUGGUUUUUGAAGGAUCGUUGACUUUGGAGUAAUAUUUUUAUUGAAGCAAAGAUAUGUGUUAUUCCAAAACGUAAAUGUUCAUAAGUUCUGUCCUCACAACUUUCCUUUUUGGAUUUUUUUAUUUAUCAAAGACAUUUUAAGUCACUUGUUUGUAUAUUAUUGAUCACUAUUAUGUUAUGUAAAAUAUAAAUUGGCCUUUUCAGAUUCUCUGAUAAUGUCAUAUUUCUUCAAAAAUCUUGUACCAAAGGUCAUUACAUCCUUACUAGAUUCUGAGUGUGUAAACAAAUCACGAUCAUCCAUACCUUGCACAUUAAAGUGUUCAUAAUUUGAUAUUCUCAUGUUUACAUCAUUUUCAGUAAAGAUGUUGGUUCAUACUGUACAUUGUAGGCUAGGGGAUACCCAGGGGUACUAUGUCAUUUCUGGCUUCAACAACAAUGUUGAACAGUUGUACCAACAAAUAGUGCCAUAAAAUUCAAGGGAUGAAUUGAACAAUGUGAUUUCCUAUCGUUGCACUCUGGUAUGGCUGACGUGGUGUUUACAGAGUUAAGAAUCUUAUUACUGACAUACAGUACCAGUCAAAAGGUUGAACACACCUACUCAUUCCAGUGUUUUCCUUCUCUAUUUUUACUAAUUUCUACAUAGAAAAUAGUAAAAAAUUAAGAAAAAAACCUGGAAUGAGUCUUCAAACUUUUGACUUUUAUUUUACAACAGACUUUAUUAUAGUUUGUGACUUUUUAUUUUCUACAUCAGAGAAUGUACAUUUUCAUGAGAAAAUGUAUUUUUUUUCUUCCUAAAACGUGAUUUGAAGUCCCUGAACAUGUCUUUUGUGAACUGUAAUACAUUCUCUGCUGUGUGGAUUGGACCUUUUUUUAAAUGUAUUUUCGCUGUAAAAUGACACCCAAAUCUAACUGCCUGUAGCUCAGGACCUGAAGCAAGGAUAUGCAUAUUCUUGAUACCAUUUGGAAAUGUGGUAAAUGUGGUAAAAGAUAAUACAAAGAAAAAACCUUGCUUUUUUUUUGUAUUUUUUUUUUUUGUACCAUCAUCUUUGAAAUGCAAGAGAAAGGCCAUAAUGUAUUAUUCCAGCCCAGGUGCAAUUUAUAUUUUGGCCACUAGAUGGCAGCAGUGUAUGUGCAACGUUUUAGACUGAUCCAAUGAACCAUUUCAUUUCUGUUCAAAAUGUUGUAUCAAGACUGCCUAAAUGUGCCUAAUUGGUUUAUUAAUAACUUUUCCAGUUCAUAACUGUGCACUCUCAUAAAACAAUAGCAUAGUAUUAUUUCACUGUAAUAGCUACUGUACAUUGGACAGUGCAGUUAGAUUAACAAGCAUUUAAGCUUUCUGCAUAUAUCAGAUAUGUCUAUGUCCUGGGAAAUGUUCUUGUUACUUACAACCUCAUGCUAAUCGCAUUAGCCUACGUUAGCUCAACCGUCCCGCUGGGGACCCACCAAUCCUGUAGAGGUUUUAAGAAGUUAUUAAAAAAGAUGGCUGACCAAGUA